AUGGAUGACAAAAAAAAAAUCAUAGAAGAACAAGAGAUUGAUUACGAAGCCGAAAGUAUUCAAGUUCCAAAAGGAGAUAUUGACUCAGUCAGAAAUUACCCGGCAAUGUAUAUUGGCUCAACUGACGAACAAGCGGACCAAAAAACUAUUACGGUAGAAGAUAAUGGGCGUGGUGCUCCUAUUGAAAAACACCUUACUAUUAAAAAAAAUUCUUUGGAAACCAUUUUUACUAUCCUUCACGCUGGUGGUAAAUUAAAAAGUAAAGUUUACAAAACCUCGGGGGGAUUACACGGAGUAGGAGUAACCGCCGUUAACGCUUUGUCAACCUAUCUGCGAGCCGAAAAAGAAUUAAGAAAGCAAAUUAAGGGGUGCAAUAAUUGUCAAGAAAAAGAUAAAACAGGAAUAGUCGAAUUCCGGGAAGGAAAUUUAGUAAAUUCACAAGUUAUUGACACUCCGGGAAGACCAAGCGGAAUUAUUGUUACCUUUACUCCCGACUCGAAAAUUUUUCCUGAAUUUACUUAUUUCAAAAUUGAGACUAUUCAAAAUCGCCUCAAAGAUUUGGCUUAUCUUAAUCCUAAUUUAACUUUAAUUUUUCACCCUUCUCCUGACGCCGCACCAAUUACUUAUCAUUUUAGCAAAAAAUAUACUAAUCUGAAAUUAAGCAUAAAAGCCGACGACAUUUUGGAAGGAUUAGUUGCCAUUUUGGCUAUUCGGGUGAAAGACCCCCAAUUCUCUGGUCAAACUAAAUAUCGUUUGGCAAUGACUCCCGUGCGGGAUAUAGUUAAAAACAUUACUUACGAUUUAGUUAAAAAAUUCCUCCAAGACCACGGCAAUAGUGCGGAAGCAAUUAGCCAAAAAAUCAUUGAAACCGCCCAAAAUCGAGCGAAAACCGAGGAAUACCAAAAAUCCUUGCGGGAGGGAGGACGCGGUGCCGCUUUGCCCGGCAAACUAGCCCCUUGUAUUUCCAAAGAAGCAGUCAACAACGAAUUAUUUAUUGUGGAAGGAGAAUCGGCGGGCGGUAGUGCUAAGUCGGCUCGUGACCCUUAUAAUCAAGCGGUUUUACCAGUUCAGGGAAAAAUCAUCAAUGUAGAAAAAGCCGAGCGGAACAAAAUUUUAGAGAACGAAGAAAUAAAGAAUUUAAUCAAUGCCUUAGGGUUUAGUGUCAGCGAAGCCACCCAAAAUCACUAUAAUCGCUUUCGAACGAAAAUAGAAAGUGAUAUUACCGAAGAAUUAGAAAUCCCCGAAGAAUUUAUUUAUCAAGACGAAAACGAACAAGAACAAAUAAUUCCGGCUCACACUUUUCUCACCGGAGAACAAUUACGAACCAUAGUUGAGAAAACCCAAGAAAGCCUAUUAAAAAAACUCCGCUACGGAAAAGUAGUAAUCAUGACCGACGCCGAUGCGGACGGUAAGCAUAUUGAAUGUUUGGCUUUAACUUUUUUUGUCCGCUAUUUCCGCUACUUGAUUGAUGAACAUCGACUUUAUUUGGCAGUGACCCCUCUUUACCGCUUACAAACUAAAAAAGAAACUAAAUACUUCUAUAAUGAUUAUGAAUUAGAGACUUACCAACAGCAAACCAAAGGAACGGCUGGUCGUUUACAACGCUUUAAAGGAUUAGGAGAAAUGAAUCCCCAACAAUUACGGGAAACUACCAUGGCGGUCAAGAAGCGUUGUCUCCACGAAUUACUUUUCCCUAACCCCCCUUCUAUUCGGGACAUCAUUGAAGAUUUAAUGGGCGCCAAAAGUGAACCACGCAAAAGACGUUUAGAAAGUGGCGAACAUAAAAAUGCUCAAUUAACAGUCGUUGAUAAUAAGGUAGACAUUGGUCAGGCUUUAUUGGUCAAAUUCUUGGAUUAUGCUUAUGCGGUCGUGGAAGACCGGGCUUUGCCGCAAUUAUAUGAUGGUUUAAAACCAGUCCAAAGAAGAAUACUUUAUACUCUUUAUCAAUUAAAUCUGCUUCCGGGCAAAGCCCAUCGCAAAGCCUCCAAAAUUAUCGGGGACGUAAUGGGUGAUUAUCACCCCCACGGCGACCAAAGUUCAAUGGAUGGUGACCCCGCCGCUGCGAUGCGUUAUACCGAAGCUCGUUUAACUAAAUUUGAACCCAAGAUUUUACCAGCUAGUCUUAAUUUAUUAUUAAACGGUUCCAGUGGUAUUGCCGUCGGAAUGAGUACUAAUAUUCCGCCCCAUAAUUUAGGAGAAGUAGUUAAUGCGACCAUUAGUCUUAUUCAGGAACCAGAAAUUACUUUGGAACAAUUAAUUACUCAUCUGCCAGGACCUGAUUUCCCAACCGGUGGUCAAAUUUUAGAACAAGAGAAAUUACAUAGUAUCUACGAAAAAGGCGAAGGGACUAUUUACAUUCGGGCCAAAGCCGAAAUUAUUUCUAGCAAGCCGGAGAAAGAAGAUAAUUCCACUAAACCAAAAAAAGAUUUAAUUCAUAUUACUGAAUUACCUUAUAAAGUUAACAAGGCCAAAUUAGUAGAAAACAUCAGUCGAAUAAUUAAAGACAAAAAAAUUGAUGGUUUGCGUAAUGUUGCUGAUUAUUCCAGUUAUGAAGAACCGGUUAAUAUUCAUUGCCGCUUUGACCCUAAUUACGAUGGGGAAGUUAUUCUCAAUCAACUAUUCAAAACUACCAGACUACAAAAUUCUUUUUCGGUGAAAAUGCGGGCCUUGAUUGAUGACCAACCCAAGAUUUUUUCGCUCAAAGAAGUUCUGCAAGGAUUUAUUAAUCAACGCUUAGAAAAUAUUCAAAAAAAGGCCCAAUUUAUUUAUCACAAAAAUCAGAAAGAAUUGAUUAAUUUAGAAACCCGCCGCUUCAUUAUUGAAAAUUACCAGGAAAUCGCCCAAAUUGCUCAUGGUGCUUCCUCCGAUGAAGAACGAGAACAAAAAUUAAGAACUCGUUUCCAAGCCGAGUUAAAAAAGUUAGAGCACCAAUUGCGAACCAUCCAGGAGAAAUCACCUGAUUCACCGGAAAAAACCAGCAAUUUAGAACAAGAAGCCAUUAAUCGCAUUUUAGAUACGCCCGCUAGUUUUCGCCAAUUUACUCCCGAACGCCGAGAAAAACUACAAAAUGAUAUUGAUAAAUUACAACAAGACAAUAAUGAGCAACAAUUAGUAAUUACUGACCAAGCCAAAAGAAAAGAAAAAUUAAUUCAAGAAUUACAAGCAUUAAAAAAUGAUUAUCCCCAAGAUAAAAGAAAAACGACAGUUACUUCAACCCAACACUCAAUUGAAGAAAGACAAUUAAUUCCCCACGAAGAAAGAAUUGUUUUAUUGAGCCGUUCAGAAAACAAGAAAGAAAAUAAAGUUAAUAAUUAUUUAACGGCACACAACGAGGAGUAUUUCACGAGAAUUAGAAAAGGAGAAUUAAAACCAACGCUGAAAUCCCAAGAAUUCUUCACCACGGCUUUGCCAGUCCAAGAAGGGUUUGCCGAGAAAUUUCUGCUUAUUAUCACCCGCAAAGGAAAAAUUAAACUCAUUCCGACCGAAAAACUGCAAAAUAUCAGCAAAUCAGGGAAGAAAUUAAUUAGUCUUUACCAAAAAACUAUUGAAAAAUGUUCGCUUCACCAGAGCCAAUUAGCCGAACAUAAAACUAUUGCUCAUGUUUGUGGUAUUGGUUGUCCACAAUUAAGAGAAAUUCAAAAGCAAAUUAAGGAAUGCGAUGAAGAAAUAGAAAUUAUUCUGAAACGGAAAGGCAAGGAUGGCCAAGUAAAAAAUUUAAAAACUCCGCUUUACCGCCAGAUGAGAAAAAAGGAUGAAGAAGGAAAAGCAAUUUAUUGUCCCGUUCACCAAAACCAGUUAAAGAAACACAAAACUGCUAAUUGUUGCGAUAAAAGUCAAGGUGUUAAGGCUUAUUCUCGUUGCUCCCAAUUUAGAAAAUUAACCACUGAAAUUAAAGAAUGUCAAGGCUGUCAAAAUCCCCAAUUAUUUACUAAACAAACCCGCAAGCAAGUAAAGUGUGAACAAGUAAUCGACUUAUUAAUAAUCAAAGCCGGAGAAAACAAGGACAAUCUGCUGCUGCUCUUAAUUAAAAAAGAUAAUGCGGAAAAAUUGAAAAAAGCCAAAGACAAAGUUGAAAGCGAAUUGCGGGAGGAAAAAGAAAAAGCCGAAGAGAGGAUACUAAAAUCUACUCUGCCGCUAGAAGUUAAGGAGAAAAUAAUGAAAGAUAGCAAAAUAAUUACCGGAGUAAAUACCAAAGAAAUGGCAAGAAAAAUUGCUAACUCUCCGGUUGACCCAACCAUUGGUGAAGUAGCUAUUGCCACUCAAACCCAAGAUUUAAAACAAAAAGGAGCAACUUACCAGAAACUACUUGACGAAUAUAAAAGUCAGCAUGAUAAAAUAAAUGAUUUUAAGGAAAAAAAUAAAAAAUGCCGAGAUUGCCAAAAAUAUUGUAGUAAUCAUGAGCAAAAAACUCAAGAAGAAAUGGUCAAGCACGAGACUUGUAAUCAUUGCCACAAGUAUGACAAACAAAUUCAGCAAGCCAAAGAGAAAAUCGAAGAAAUAAAAGAAAAACUAGAAAACUGA